AUGUCGUCUUCAACCAAUUCUUAUUCUCAUACCCACAAUAAUAACCAUCGAACAAGUUCACGUGAUACAUUCUACCCCCAUCAUCAUCAGUCGCAGCUCGAAUCGGUUUCAUCCGAAUCAUCAUCUCCCGAAACGACUUCAAGUAAAACAGACAGACACCAUCGAUCAUCAACAUCGAAAAAGAAACACAAACAUAACCGACGACGUUCUUCUGAGAGAAAAUCUCGAACACGUCGUUCCCCGUCAAGUGAUAAUAACAAUGAAUCCAAUCAACACAGUCGAAGUUCUCAUCGAUCACGGCAUGAUUCCAGCAAGCGAACAUCUCGUUCCUCUCAGUCUUAUUAUUAUACCCAUUCGCGCGAUGCGCCCAACGAAACAUCUUCGAACGAUCCAAAUUUUGAUAUAAAACACAAGAAACGAAAGCAGCACCAUACAGACAACAGUAGUUAUUCACCAAAACGACAUCGUCGAUCAAGUCCAUCAUCUUCACAUCCUGUGCCAACUCAUUCUUCAUAUCGUUAUUCCAAUCAAAAACGAUCAAAAUAUCAUCGCAAAUCUUCAUCAUCGUCAACACAUUCAAGUGAUCAUUCGUCAUCAAAUGAAAAUGAUACAAAUAGUCAAUAUCAACGUUCGACGAAAGGCACUUUAGCCUCAGAACUCGACAAAAUUCGACCCAAACUCAACAAAACCAAAAUCGUCUCAUCAAAUAACCAGUCGACUAGUGUACAAGAUGCGAAGAAUGACAUCGAUUCAAAUGCCAAUUCAAAUGAUAAGAAUUCCAAUUCUAAUCGUUCUGAUGGUUCCCGUCGUCGCACAACAAAUGUUCCGCCAUUGGCUGGCCAAACCAAUUUAACACGGUCGUUACCUAUGCCACCUGACUAUAAACCUGAUUCUCUAUCACCGUCAAGUCCAACAAAUACUUCUCCAAAUGUUUCUGAUAAGCCCAUUCGACGGCCACUGAUUCUUCAACGUCGAGAUGACAUGGUGCAAAAUCAAUGGGGAGAACGAACGGUUGAAGUCUAUGAAAUUUUAGCCAAGAUAGGCGAAGGAACCUAUGGUGAAGUUUUUAAAGCACGUGAAAAAGCAACCGGUGAUCUUUGUGCAUUAAAAAAAGUUCGUCUAGAAAAUGAGAAGGAAGGUUUUCCAAUCACGGCCAUCCGUGAAAUUCAAAUCCUUCGUCAACUAGCGCAUCCAAACAUUGUCAAUUUAAAAGAAAUCAUCAUGGAUGCGCGAAAUAUAGUUGAUAUCAAAAAUGAUACGUCAUUUUAUUUAGUUUUUGAAUAUUGUGAUCAUGAUUUGUUCGGUUUACUCGAUUCGGGUUUAAUUGAACUUGAUAUCGAACAUGUUCGAAUGUUCAUCUACCAACUUAUGUCUGGUUUAGCAUUUUGUCAUCAAAAAAAGUUUCUUCAUCGUGAUAUCAAAUGUUCCAAUAUAUUAUUAAAUAAUAGUGGAAAGAUCAAAUUAGCAGAUUUCGGUUUGGCACGUCUGUAUAACGCUGAUGAUAAAGAUCGACCAUAUACAAACAAAGUUAUCACAUUGUGGUACCGACCACCGGAAUUAUUACUUGGUGAAGAACGUUACGGACCUGCAAUUGAUAUUUGGAGUUGUGGAUGUAUAUUGGGAGAAUUGUUUACGCGUCGACCGUUAUUCCAAGCUCAAAGAGAAGACGAACAAUUAGAGAUGAUCUCACGUUUGUGUGGUUCACCAACGCCUGCUGUUUGGCCAGACGUGAUUCAUUUACCAUUAUUCGCAACAUUGAAACAAAAGAAAAUCUAUCGAAGAAAACUAAGAGAUGAUUAUCAAUACCUUCCCGUACCUGCAUUGGACUUAUUCGAUCGAAUGCUCGAACUAGAUCCAGCGAAACGUAUCAGUGCUACCGAUGCUCUUCUUUCAGAUUGGCUUAAGGAUAUCAAAGAAGAAUCCAUUCAACCCAUUCAAUUGGCACUUACACAAGAUUGUCAUGAAAUGUGGAGUAAAGAACAUAAGCGAUUAUCACGACGUGGUUGGAGUGAAAAUGAAAUCCAAGCGCAUUUCAAAGAACGUGAAAUCAUUGAAUAUCAACGAUAUAAUCAAGUCACUGACAUGCAAAUGGAUAGUCCUGAAAAUGCGACGUAUAUCAAUUCUGACAGUUUCCAACAACCACACAUAGAUAAUAGUGCUUCUCAUCACCAAACAACGGAAAUGGUAGGUUCAACAACAAUACCAUCGAAAAAUGGAAGCAUGCAACAAGAUCUUCAAAAAUUGAAACAAACUUGA